CCCUUCCCCAAACCCAUCACAUACAUACAUACUCACCCACAGACCCUUCCUUGCCUGCACCCACCACCGUCAUUCAUCUCCCCUCUCUCUCUCUCUCUGUCUCGCUUUCUCUAGAGAUCUCCACUCACUCGCCUCUUUCUUCUCCUUCUUCCAAACCCCAACUCCUUUGAGGCGAGCUCCUCUUUUAAUUUCUGUUUGCCUCAACUUUACGGCAACCAAUCAUGGCUGUUCUUCUGCCCUUUCUAGUCAUUUUCAUGGCCAUAGCUGGUCGCUCAACUGCAAAUUACUGUCUCUGUAAGGAUGGAGUAGGGGAGCAGGCUCUGCAGAAGGCGAUAGAUUAUGCCUGUGGAGCUGGAGCUGAUUGCACGCCAAUCAUUCAGAAUGGAGCUUGUUUCCAGCCCAACACUGUGAAAGACCACUGCAACUACGCCGUGAACAGUUAUUUCCAGAGGAAAGGUCAAGUCGCCGGUAGCUGUGAUUUCAGCGGAGCGGCCACUCCUAGUGUCUCGCCCCCCACCGGUGUUGCCUCUACCUGUGUUUUCCCUGCAAGUCCCGGCAAUGCUGGAACCUCACCAACAACAAACCCAGGAGCAACUCCAGGAGCAGGCACCGGCAUGGGUACUCCAACUGGCACUGGGACCGGGACCGGGACCGGCACCGGCACUGGCACUGGAACUGGAACUGGAACUGGAACAGGCACUGGCAUGGGUACUCCAACUGGAACCGGCACCGGCACUGGAACAGGAAUAACUCCAGGAGCAGGAACAGGAACAGGAACAUCUCCAUCGGUGUUUGGGACAGGGUUAGGUCCAACCGGGAGUGGAACUGGGAUCGGAGACAGCAGUGGUGUGGAUUCCAGGAAAGUUAGUAGCUUGUUCAUCUUUGCCUCCUCUACUUUGACCCUCUGGGUAUCUGGGCUUCUCUUGGUAUGGGGUUACUAAUUGAAGAUUAAAACAAAAGGUAAAAAGGUCUGGAAAGUGUUGGGGGGUUUGAUGUGUGGAUGAGAUUUUGCCAGAGCAUCUUAUUUUGGAAGGGGGACUGAGUAUAGAGGUGGGAAGAGGAGAAGAGAAUCAUCUAGAGCAGCAAACCCCACUAGGGUUUUUUUUUCUUUUCUUUUUGUUUUGUUGUUACUUUUCUUUGAUCCUUUUGAAAACCCAAGAAAAGUUAUGAUGGGGGAAUUUGAUUCCUUAUUUGAGUGGGUUGUGGGCUGUGGAUGGCUGGCUGUUGUUGUUGUUGUUGUAGUAGUAGUAAUUGUCGUUUGGACUUUUGGAAUGAGGGUUUGGGAUGAUGAGGGAAAGGGAAGUAAGGUGAGAAGAAGAGAACCUCAUCUCUUCUUUUCGUUGCUUCCUUUUUAGAUUUUGUGUAAGAAAAGCUAAAUUCCCUGUUGCUGUAUAUCUAGCUAGAGAGAAGAGGCUGGCACUACUUUGUGGAAGCAGCAGUAGUAUUCUUUAUCUUAGUUUGCCUUUUUUUUUUCCUGGUAAGUUUUCAAUUAAUCGAAUGGAACUAUUAUAACUCCAUCUGUAGGCUCUUUCCCUUUCUGUCUUUUCUCGUCUGGUUUUGCCUUUUUGGUUCUUCUCUCAGUUCGUGGGCAUGUGACAUGCUUGAGAUCAUACAUGUUCAGAGCUUUUAACUUUUCCUGGUUACGAAUUUACUACACCUGGGUAGUUUUUCUUUAUGGCAAACCAAAUUUACUGAUUCUGGUGAAUACUUGGAAGGUAAAUUACGUGUGCUUUUUGGGAUAGGGAAAGGCAUGGGGACGGUUGUACCAGAUGACGCAAUUGACAGGUGAACGAUCCACUGACGUAGAUGUAUUGGUACUGAUUUGAUGAUUUGCAAUGAACCAACCUUUGAGAC